UCACAACCACACUUCUCCUUCACCAUCGAAGACCAAGUCUCAGCCUUCAGUACGCCAGCUAUCUACACUCGUUAAGCUUCCCCAAGCUCUUCCAUCAUACACAAUGGCGAUUGACUACGUUGGCUGCACUCUCCAGGCCAUCGAUUACGUUGGCUGCACCCUCCAGGCCGUCGAUUAUGUUGGCUGCACUCUCCAGGCCAUCGACUACGUCGGCUGCACUCUCCAGGCCAUCGACUACGUCGGCUGCACCCUCCAAGCCAUCGACUACGUUGGCUGCACCGUCCAGAACAACGAGCAGUAGAUGCUGAACGUGGCCUCUUCUGCUGCACGUUGAUCUUUGACUCCAGCAACAUUCGCGCGGCAUGCCCGACUUGAUCGGGCUUUGAUUGAUUGGGCUUUCGGUUAUUUUUUUUGAUCUCCACUAUAGACGCAGGGCGGAAUUCGCAGUCUAAUUAGUGCGAAGGCUGGCUGGGCUUGUGGAUGAGCAGUCGGUCUCUGCGCUUGGGUCUUGGGUAGCUUGUUUUCAAACAUUGAAGCGGUGCGGCCACAAC